CGUGCAGUGAUGUGAUGCUGAGCUGCAUGUGAGGCUGGAGAGAGAAGCUCCCUUUUUUCACACUCAUUUGAUUAGCUUGGAUUCCUUAUGUAAUGUGGAUUUUUUUUAUUUUUUAUAUAACAAUGGCUUGAGAAUAUAUGUCACAGGCGCACCACGGGCAAUGCGGUGCAGAGCAUUUAUUAGUCACUGAGGCACACACUCACACAGACACAGAGGCGUGCACACGCUCACUCUGUAGCUCCAGCAGAGAUCUGCCUGCCCUGGCGAUGCUCACUCUGACUGAUAACGAUGCAGUUCUGCAGGAAGGUGCUCUGCAAGCCGUGUAGUGCCAGAGUCACUUCACCAGAGGAGGACAUGGAAUACAAGAUGGGGAGCUGCAUCGGAAUCUCACACAGACAGCCUGAAACUCACUCUGAGACUUUGACCAAGAAGGACGACCGAGCGCUUCUGACUGAAGCCUCGACCAGCCAGCAGAGUCUGCUGUCUCAACCAGUGCUCCCAGACGUCCCAGUCAUCACUGGAGUGGAGGAAGACAGAGCUGCAGCUGGAGAGCAGGACGAACUGGAGUUUCCUCAUGACCUGCUACCCAGUCUAGACUUCAGCAGUGAGCUCAACAUCUGGGAGUCCUCGCUGGGAGCUCAGAGGAGCUCAGGUGAGAGGACAUGUGAGCAGGUGAACCCCCUGCUGGCGGGCCUGCAGCACCGCAUGGAAGUCAGUGGACCAUUGGUGGUUCUAGAUACAAGGCCUCAUGACAGCGACCCAGUUCUCACAGAUGCUCAGCCAUCCCCUCGGCCUGCUGCCACACCUUACCCGGGUGACAGACCCCUGACCCCUCCCCUGUCCGUGCUGCUAGACCGGGAACUCCAAGAGGCCUUCCAGGAAUGUGAAGAACAAAUGGCCUCACUGGGGAUACUUAAUCCCACAGGGCCUCACAGCACCACGCCUGAGACGGUUAAGGAUGUAGCAGAGAAAACUGGAGAAGUAAUGGUUAAUAGAUCCAAUGAGUCAUCGUCAUUGCCUCCAAUCACAGUCCAGCCAGGACAUAGCAACGGAGGCCAUGGAAACAAGAGUACACACGGAAACAGUGAGGCAGCAAACACUCAGACGGAUACAGUUGUGUUUAGUUUCAGGAAUUACAUACUGGGCACUGGGAAUAGUGUUGGGACGGCAGAGACGGAGAGUGAAAUAAAAGCAUCACAGAGCCAGGAUAAAUGUCCAGAGACUAAGACAGAAGAAGAAACAAAGAUCGAUGAGCAGAAGGAAACACCCACACAUUCACAUUUAGAAGCAGAUUUAUUUAAAGAAACCCCCAAAAAAGCUGAGUUCACUGAGCGGAAAGGAGAUAAAAAGGAACAUGUUGAUCCUAAUGCAGCCACAGAAGAAAAUGGCACAUUAGAUUGUAGUGCAGUGAUUAGGGAGAAAGUCACAGAGGCAAUAACAAAGAAUUUAGACAUAAAGACAGAAAAUGACAGUGAUGGGUCAAGUAUUAACGUUUGUAAAGAUGCAACAGGAAAGACAGAGGGCAGCAAUCUUCAUUUAAAGGAUAAAGAUGCAUUAUCAGAGACACAGACGGGAGCAAAGAAUCACAGUGUGGAGGAUCAGGAGUCUAAGUCAGACAAAUGGAUGAACUCACCAGAUGAUAAACAGGCUGGGCAGGAGAAAAAGGCAAAGAAGAAAAAGAAGCAAAGGAAAAAGAACAAAAUAGAAGACAAGAGCCCAGAGAUGGAAGAGAAAGCAAAGACAGGAGCACAACCUGAACAUGAUUUACUGGCUGUGUGUCUCGUAAAUGCAGGUAAUGACACAGAUUCAACGGCAAAUGUUGUGUCACAGGCAGAUGCUCAGACUGUGAUUUGUGGGGAACAGCCUGAUAAUGGGUUUGACUCCAAACAACAGCUGAUUCUCGAGGGAAAGCCCAGCCCCAGCCCCCCACUAUCAUUCUCUCGUAGCUGGCAGGAUUGUCUUACUGUCUCACCUGCGUCCAACCAGGCUGUUUCGCAGGGGGCUCAUCAGUCAGAAAACCACAGCCAUACGGAUGCCCCAUGUGGCAUGAAUCACAGCUCAGAUGAAAACCCACAGCGGAACCAACAUGCAACUGUAGAUGUCAACCAAAAUACACCCGUGACACAUGUCCAAACUACAGUUAUCAAUCUGGCUGCUUCUGCCGAUAAGAGAUCAGAUGCACACACACUGGAGGCUGCAGUUACCUCAGAGGCAGUGAUACUCACACACGAUAUUCAGAGCCCACUCUCCAACAGCCCAACUUGUGUGGGAGAGAGCGGUGUGGAGAGUGCCCUUGAAGAGGCUUUAGUGGUGGUUGCUGCGUUGCCACUGGCAACGCCCACGAUGCCAGAAGUGAUAGAAAGCGAGGGAGAGGGAGAAAGCGUGAGGCGUGAUUCACUGGAGAGAGUAGCUUCUGUAGCGAUCACAGAGAGUGAAAAAGCAGUAGAAGAGAAAGAUUUUGGAGGCACAGAAAAGUGCCUCAGCUCUGCAGACGGAGAAAAAGACCUGGACAGCCUUCCUCAGCUCACAUUAAUCUGUUCACGGGGAGAAUGCUCACUUGCUUCCUCAGCCAAAGAGGGACAGGCUGCAUCUGAGGAAAGCUGCAGCAGCAAAAUGCCACACAACUCGGCAGAGACUGAAAUGAAGGGACCAGGAGAGACGAGCGUUCGCAGUGCAGACACAGAGAUCUCACCAGCUGAGGAGGGAGACAGAGAAAAGGAGCCACUCCGGAUAGAAGCUUAUAUCAAUACUUCUCCCUUUGGGCCACUCACUGGUCCUGAUUCCUCUGACUACUUCACAACAUAUCCCAGGCGAACAACAAGCGAGCAGCAAUCAACAGGUCCAGCCUGA